CUCUGCGGGAUUGGGAUGGACAACAUCUACCACCAGGACAACGUCCGGGCGACGGUCGCUGAUCUGGACCCGAUGACCCAGUUCAUCCGCAGCAUCUACAACUUGGGCCUGAUCGUCAUCGGAGUGACGGUGGCUGCCUGGUUGCUGCUCCUGAUGACCAACGUCCACCCGCACCACUACCUUCCGUUCCCCGCCUACGUCCUGGGCAUCGUCAUCUUCGUGGCGAUGGUGGCCAUGCACUGCUUUCCCCGGAUAUCCUUCUACUCGCCCAGCAAGUGGAUCAUGACGUGUCUGGUGGUGCUGUGCACCACCGUCGCCGGUUGCUGCAUCAUCGACGAUCUGAGCAUGCUGACCAUUAGUUUGGUAAUGAUCGGCGUGGCUCUGAUCAUCCUGGUGCUCAACUUCUCGGGUGCCAAGUGCCCGCAGGAGUUUCUGCCCGGCGGCGUUUGCUCCACGCUGCUCAUGAUUGUCCUGCUGGUGGUCCUGAUCGUCGUGGGAAUCGCCCAGCUGUGCACCGGGAACGUGGAGCUCCUCGAUGCCUUCGUCAGCAUCCUCUUCGUGAUGCUCAUCAUCGCGAUACCCAUUCAGGCGCAGUUCAACCACGGCCGUCUGGAUGUCGUGGAGGUUGUGCCGAGGGAGCAUCUCAUGGUCUGCACCCUGACCUUGUACCUUCACUCUAUGAUGUUCUUCUGCUGCGUUUGCUACUUCAUCCUGGUGGAUGAGAGGAAGGCCUCCACGGCAACAACGGUGGAUCCAAGAGAAGGGAUGACCCUUGAGAAUGACUUUGAUUGAGAAAUCCUGGUGUCUUCGUUU